CUCCCACCAAACAUCUCUGAAAGUGACUCUCAUUCACUCCCACCAACACCCCCCUCCUUCAUCUCUCUCUCUCUCUCUUUGAUUUCUCUCUGCUUCACUCUGCUCAACGUUACUCUCCUCUCUCCCCCCUUCUCUCUCUCAUUCUAAUUCCUCAUGUCUUCCACCAAGAGAACUCUUCUCAGAAUCCUCCUCGCUGCAAAUGGAAGCUGUGGCUGCGCCAGGCCCAAGCCCACCGACGUCUUCGAGCCGGAGCCCAAGCCCAAUCAUCGCGGCCCAAACCCAAUCGGCAGCCUGACGUCCUCUACUACCACGUCCGGCGACCCCAAUGGCGCGCAUUCCGUAGACGAAGAUGACGGAGACUUCACCUCCACCAACGCGUCGGAAGCGGAGACGGAGACUCAGAGGAGCUGGAAGAAUGCGAGCAACAUGUUGCCGAAGCAGAGUCCGUUAGUGGACAGCGUGGCGGUGGAGAAGGAGUCGGAGGAUCCGUACAAGGAUUUCAGGCACUCGAUGCUGCAGAUGAUAUUCGAGAAGGAGAUGUACUCGGAGUCUGAUCUGGAGGAGCUUCUGGAAGCAUUCCUGGAGCUGAACUCGCCGAGACAGCACGAGGUGAUCGUGAAGGCCUUCACGGAAAUCUGCCAGGACGCGUUUCCUGAUAAUAAUAAUAAUAAUAAUAAGACGACGACGACGAGGAGGAGCAAGGGCAAGGAGAUUAGUUUUUACGGUCACGUGAGGAAGCUGCCCUUGGCACGUGCGCUGGCCAUGUGAAGGCAUUCAAUUCCGGCGUGGCGUGAACCUGCAUGCACACGUCACUGCCUCUCUGUAACAUUCAUGUACGUGGGGUUCCCUCAUCAACCUUUGAUGCUUAGAGCAAUGACCCGAGUUUUGUGAUUGUGAAUCUGUAUUAAUCACACCUCUAUGCUCAAGGUAAUUCUAUGUAUAAAUCAUUAUAUUUGUUUCUUUAGAUGAAUUUGGACUGCCUGAAACUUAGUAAUA